GGCUACCAAAGAUGCCUCCUUUCACUCUACAAAUUUGCUUAUCUUUCUUUUUUGAAACCCGAAAUAUAAACAUCAAUUAUAUACGCUCUAUAUAUCCUCUCCAAAAAACAAAAAAAAAAUACCAAUACGAGUCGUUUUCGGUGAUAUGGGUCCAGGAGUUGUUUUGUAUUCGAUGUUCUUCGUACUUUCGCUUCUUCUCAUUCCAGAUUCAAGCUUUGGUGAGAAACCUCCAUUGGAAGCAAUCUCGCAUAACAAAGUGCGACACCUCCUUCAACAAGAUGACAUCCCCAUCAUUCAACCGACAACUCCCACCGGAACUCCAAACACAGAUUCCCCAACCACAUUCCCGCCAACCACCACCACCCCCACCGGAAACCCCACAUCUUUACCACCACCAUCACCAACCGGCUUUCAACCAAACAACCCCACCCCAUUUCCAACUACUCCAACCGGAACUACUCCAACAUCCCCGAUGGGCCCGUCAAAUCCGAUGGGUCCGUCUGUCCCAACCGCCCCGACAGGCCCAUCUGGACCAACGGGCCCAACAGGCCCAUCGGGUUCAUCGAGUGGAUCAUGGUGUAUUGCAAGUCCAUCGGCUUCUGAAACCUCUCUACAAGUAGCACUUGAUUAUGCUUGUGGCUAUGGAGGAGCCGACUGCUCAGCGAUUCAACCGGGUUCGAGUUGUUACAACCCGAACACGGUUCGGGAUCAUGCUUCGUAUGCUUUUAAUGCGUAUUAUCAAAAGAAUCCGGCUCCAACUAGUUGCUCUUUUGGAGGAGUUGCACAAGUUACCAACACAGAUCCAAGUUCCGGAAGUUGUCGCUUCUCAGCAGCCAAAUCAUCAGGCAUGAUGACUCCACCAACGCCUCCUAUGCCAACCCCACCCACCUCUCCCACAAUAAGUUCGCCAAUCAACCCGUAUCCUACAACACCUACUCAACCGGGCGGUUUUUCUUCAGAUCAACCAGAGAAAAAUGAACAUCAAGUUAAGGAAACAAGAUGGGAAUUCACUUGGCUGGAAUUCGUCACAUGUCGAAUUGAAGCAACCCCUAUUCUUAGAUAA